AUGUCUGUGAAUAAAGAAGAUACACUGCGUCAGUUUUGCGAUGUUACCGGUGCCGAUGAAAACCGCAGUAGAUUCUUUUUAGAAUCUUCUAAUUGGCAACUAGAAGUAGCUCUAUCUAGCUUUUAUGAACAUGGUGGUAAUGUAGAAGAAGCCCCAGCUGCGGCUAAUGUACCACCUAUGUCAGAUAGUGAUAUGGAUUCCCCACCAAGAUCUCCAAACCGACCACAAAAGAAAGACAAGAAGAAAGGAAAUCCACAAUUUGCUACUUUAGAAUCAUUACAGCAAGAAAGUUCCAGCGAUGAAGAAGAAGGUCAAGCCUUCUAUGCGGGGGGUUCUGAAAGAUCAGGCCAACAAAUAAUUGGGCCUGGUAAGGGACAAGACAUAGUGUCAGCAAUGUUUAAGAGUGUCAGAGAGCGUGGUGCCGUAGUGUUUGAAGAUGGGCCAGCUUCCACCAGCCGAGGCCGAGGCGGAGUCUUCAGUGGGGUUGGUUACAGAUUAGGUCAAACGGCUGACGACCAUGAACCAGUGGCAGAGGGGAAAGCACAACAGGAUAGUAAUCAACACCGUUUAGUUCGCCUCCAGUUAUACAGGGAAGGGUUCACAGUGGACGGUGGUCCGCUCCGGCAGUACACGGACCCCAGCAAUGCAGACUUCCUCAGCUGCAUUCGGAGAGGUGAGAUCCCAUCAGAACUGUCAGGGUCUAGUGGUGAAGUCCGUCUGAGCUUGGAGGACCGGCGUCAUGAGGAGUGUCCUCGGGCUCCCUCGCACCAGGCCUUCUCCGGCAAGGGUCACAUGCUGGGCAGCCCGACGCCGGCGACGGUGGGCGCGCCGGCGGCGGCGGCGGCGGGCGCGGACCGCGACGCCAACGCGCGCGCCGCGCAGCGCGCCGUGCGCCUCGACGACGCCGCGCCCGCCACCACCGUGCAGUUCCGUUUGGCCGACGGCAGCCGUCUGACCGGGCGUUUCAACCACACACACACGGUGGCCGACCUCAUGCAGUACGUGUCUCGCGCGGAGCCCGCCUACCAGCUGCAGAGCUUCGCCCUCCUGACCACCUUCCCCAGCACAGAGCUCACAGACCACACACAGACACUCAAGGACGCCAACCUCCUAAAUACUACGCUGUUGCAACGACUCAAG